AAAAAAAAAAAGACUCACCUUUCAUUUUCUUCUCUUGUAAACCUCAUAGUGUCGACAUGGGUUAUUGCCAAGACGACCAACUCGUAAACAAGAUCUGUGAUCUAUACGAAAAGAUCUCGAAGCUCGAGACGCUAAAGCCUUGUACAGAUGUCGACACUCUCUUCAAGCAGCUCGUGUCCACAUGCAUACCACCAAACCCUAACAUCGACGUCACCAAAAUGUCUGAAAACAUCCAAGAGAUGAGAUCAAACCUCAUCAAAAUCUGUGGUGAAGCUGAAGGUUACUUAGAGCAUCACUUUUCUUCAAUCCUAACUUCUUUUGAAGACAACCCACUUCAUCAUUUGAAUCUUUUUCCUUAUUACAACAACUAUCUCAAACUAAGCAAGCUCGAGUUCGAUCUCCUCGAACAGAACCUUAACGGUUCAGUUCCAAAGACUAUAGCUUUCAUUGGCUCUGGUCCUCUCCCUCUUACUUCUGUCGUUCUUGCCUCUUUCCAUCUCAAAGACUCGAUCUUUCACAACUUUGACAUCGACGCAUCAGCGAAUUUGGUUGCAGCUCGGUUGGUUUCGUCUGAUCCUGAUCUUUCUCAACGUAUGUUCUUCCACACCGUUGAUGUAAUGGAUGUAACCGAGAGCUUAGAGGGCUUCGACGUUGUGUUCUUGGCUGCUCUUGUUGGGAUGGAUAAAAAGGAGAAGGUUAAAGUGAUCGAGCAUCUUGAGAAACACAUGUCUCCUGGUGCUUUGCUCAUGUUAAGAAGCGCUCAUGGACCUAGAGCGUUUCUCUAUCCCAUCGUCGAGCCUUGUGAUCUCCAAGGUUUCCAAGUUUUAUCGGUUUAUCACCCAACCGAUGAAGUUAUCAACUCCAUCGUAAUCUCAAGGAAGCUCGGUGGAGAUAGUAAUGGUGUUGUUCAUGAUCAUAUAGAUCAAGCUUCGGAUCUCGGGUGUAACUGUUCCACGAUCCACGUGAUUAUGAACAAGAAGAAGAGCAUUAUCGAGGAGUUCGCAGGCGCUAAUGAAGAACAACUUACUUAGAAAAUUGCUGUUUGAUUGCAGUGUUGUUGAUCUAUCUAUGAUGUCUUUUUUUAAUUACGAAAGUGUUGGCUGUUUUUGCUACAGUCCUGUUCUUGUCUUUGUCUUCUUUGUUCUGUUUCCUAGCAUCUGAUUUGAAAUUGACAAUGACCACUUCUUUUUGGUUGGAUUCUCCAAUGUCUAUUGCAAUUUGCAAGGGGUGGUCAAGCAGAUUCUAUGAGACAGAACCGAUUAUUCUUGUGGUAAUAAAACAAAGAUAAACAUAAUAAAGAUCCCAUUACGAU